GGCACUUGAAUCCCUUUAAUUAGUUGCUCAAGCAACUGGGCUCAUCCUGGACUGUGCCUUCUGCCUCACCCCGUCAGGCUAGACAGCUGCCAAGUCACGCCGCUUCUUUCCAGCUCACUGUGAGCGUGUAGACCGGCCACCGUCAGCUUCUGCCCAGAAUCACAGGGGGCUCCUACCUGGGCCUCUUUCAUCAGCUCUUGUUUUGGCUUAUUUCCCACGGUACAACUGGAAGGAUCUAUUUUUCUUAAACUCACAACUCUGUGGUCACGUCAUUUUUUACUGUACCCUCAAGUUACCUUCUCCUGCUUUCAGGCCACAUCUACCAGACAGAGUGGUGAGCCGAGAUACCAUCCUAUUGCUUUUCCAGAACAGAGGCAAUAAUAAUUCUGGACAUACUGACCAAAGGUUAUCUUUUGGAAGCAAUGAGUUUAAAACCUUUUACCUACCCAUUUCCAGAGACGAGGUUUCUUCAUGCAGGACCCAGUGUGUAUAAAUUCAAAAUCAGAUAUGGGAACAGCAUCAGAGGGGAAGAGAUAGAAAAAAAGGAAGUCGUCUCCCAGGAGCUGGAGGAUUCUAUUCGUGUGGUCUUGGGAAACUUGGAAAAUCUGCAACCAUUUGCUACAGAACACUUCAUUGUAUUUCCCUAUAAAAGCAAAUGGGAGAGAGUGUCCCACCUGAAAUUCAAACACGGGGACAUGGCCUUGGUCCCUUAUCCAUUUGUUUUCACUCUCUAUGUGGAGCUGAAAUGGUUUCAUGAAAAUCUGUCCCCUGGAAAACCAAUCAAUGACAGUCCUCCUGGAUUGGUCCUUGCUGACAGGAAAGCGGCAGGAGCCAUGGUGAGGAAGUGGAAAUGCAUGGAGGUGCCCCGCUCCCCCAGCGUGUCGGGGCUGGACAGCAUCAAGAUGGGGACUUCCAGCCAAGGCCCCAGGAAAAAGAAGCCCCUCAUGGAAACCAGGAGGAGCAGGGACAGGAAAACCCAGCAGGAAUGGCAGGAGACCCCAGCGUUUGAUGACACUGAUGUCCAGGAACAGGAUUCAAAGUGGGGGCACAGCCUUGCAGGGCAGAUCACCCCACCACUGCAGCAGAACAACGCACCUCCGCCUAGAGGACCCACAGAGCAGGGAACCCGUGGCUUCUUCGGGUUUCUAAGCUCUUUAUUCCCGUUCUGGGAUUUCUUCAGGAAGAGCAGCCAGCGGGCCUCCCAGCCGCAGCCGUCUGCUGCAGGGGGUCCUCCCUGCUCACGGCGUUCCGGUCUCGGGAAAUGAGGGCCCCAAAGUCCCUGAGUCUUCCUGUGACUUCGUCCCGUCUUUUGCCCCUUUACAAUGAAAUGGGAUUUAACCCAUUUAAAACUUGAGAAAAGAAUGGAACUUUCUAAAAUACUCUAAGAAUGUAGUCUCCUUGAAGGUCCAUUUAGGGCCAUCAUCUCCAGCACUUAGGAUGCUAAAGACAAUAAACUGUUUAUGAAGCGUGUGGCUGCAUUUAG